AUUUUCAAUUUACAAUAAAGUUGGACUUCACUUGCUACAGUACAAGCUUAAUCUACGAACCUUACGCUUUCGUUUUUUCUUUUUCAACAAAGGGAGGAGAAAGACGAAGAUCAAGCUAGGCAAUCUUGAAUGUAAAAAGAUAUGGUAUCUCUUGAUUUUGCCUUUGCUCAUUCAUUGUGGGCCAAUCUCAAAUCAUCUUAUAUUGUAGUUCUACGCACGAGCUGAAAGGUUCUCUUUUUUUGCUUCUCCCUCAAUUGACAUGGGAACGCGAGAGGUAUACGAAGAAAAAUUGAAGAGAGGGAAUCUCUAUCAUGAUCCUACAAUCAAACCUGGCCUCGGCUCUGCUAGAUGUCCUCGUUGUCUUUCUCUCUUGAACUCCAAUUCAAGAAGUGGAGAAUGGGUGAUUACUCCUGUUCUACAUGAUUUCACGGCUGUGGCUGGCUCUGGAAUUGGUGGACUGCUCAGUGCAAUUCAUGGUUUCAAUACAGGAAUUCCUUUCGUCCAGAGACACGUGAAGGGUCCAAAGUGGCUUCCAUUUGUUAUAGGGCUUCCUCCACUACUCAUGUUCUCUGCAGCUAGCGCGACAUUUGGAGGAUAUGCACUUCCAAGGUUUACUCAACUUACGAUGACUUCGUAUUACACUGCUUCAAGUGCCUCACAUUACGGAAUAUCAUUGCUUACCAGACGUAUUGAGGAGGCACAUACUUCUGGUGUUCAACCUAAAAGACUCAGCUGAUUGACUUGAGGUGCACAAAAUCAGAGCCAAACUUUACUUCAAAUUUUGCAAUGAAUCAUAUAUAGUUGGAGCAAUUGUCAAUUCAAAAGAGGCAUGUUCAUUGCUUUGGUGACUUCUCUUUUGGUAAAAUAUAUAGUUUUUACUUUGUAAUUAGAGGAAUGUUUGAACUUGGAAGAAAAUAUUCUUAAUUUCGCAUAGUGUGAGGGUAUAUUUGGACCUUUUCCGAACAAUAUAUUGUAUUCCAGGGACAGGUUUGCGUUAGUACUACGCAGAAGAUGCGUGAACUAAUCUUGCUUAUGGCGGGUGAAGAAAGGUAUCCAAUUGAAAUCAUUGCUCUUUUUUUUCUUUCUA